GGCUGAUACCACGGGCCGGUGAUGCCCAAAGAUUCCCACACAAAAUAAUAAAAAAUCUGUCGGAUUCUCCUCAUUCCUUGCCACAGUCAUCGUUUUUAAAUUUACUUAAACUAUGAUGCCAGUGAGACACCAAAAUAGUCUUUGUUGACCAAAUUCCGCGAAGACACAGAAAUAGCGGCUGAGAAAGCGGUAGCCCUGGGCGGAUACAUGCGUAUACCCAAGCUGGUCCCAAGAGCAACCACUAACCCAGCGUCAGUCCAUACCCCCCUCCCCCACGUCCAUCCCUUCAUCGCUCGCUCAUAACAUCCCCUGAGCCCACACGCACCAGAGAAACAGCCUCUCACGAAACGAGGAGAGAGAGGGACACAGUCUCUCCGUUCAACUGAAGGAGAGAAGUGUGUUCAGUCUCAGUCCUAGAGAUCGCCCCCCCCCCCCCUCCAGCCCUACGCCCGUAUCCAGCCCCUCCCCCCCAGUCCUACACCCCUUAUCCAGCCCCCCCGCCUGCCUGAGCCUGGGCCCCGCCCGCCGAUCCAGGGGGAGAGGAGGAUGAAGCUCAAGGAGGACAUGAACCCUCUGCUGCUGCAGGUGUUCCGCUCUGUGGCGUGGGUCUACUCCGUCAUCACCUUCCUGCCCUGGUACCUGUUCUCCGGCGCCGGCGACAACCUGGAGCGGGCCCGGCGCACCAAGGCCCGCUCGGUGAGCGGCCACCCGGCCGGCCCCUGGCGCUCGGUCGACAGCCUGCGGGGGCUGUCGGCGGGCAUGCAGGACGGCGUGCGCACCCUGGACAAGGUGUUUGAGUUUGCGGCGCGGCGCUUCCCCCGGCGGGACUGCCUGGGCACACGAGAGGUGCUGAGCGAGGAGGACGAGCUGCAGCCCAACGGCAAGGUGUUCAAGAAGGUGAUCCUGGGGGAGUAUAACUGGCUGAGCUACGAGGAGGCCUACCAGGCAGCAGUGUGCUUCGGCAGCGGCCUGGCUUCCCUGGGGCAGAAGCCUCAGCGCAACGUGGCCAUCUUCUGUGAGACCAGGGCCGAGUGGAUCGUGACGGCGCAGGCCUGCUUCAUGUACAACUUCCCACUGGUAACCCUGUACUCCACUCUGGGUGGAGCUGCCAUCGCCCACGGCCUCAAUGAGACGGAGGUCACCCACAUCAUCACCAGCAAAGACCUGCUGCAGAGCCGCCUCAAGGCCAUCCUGCUGGAAAUCCCCAGGCUGCAGCACAUCAUCCUGGUGGACAGGAAGCCCACCUCCUGGCCCGACAUGCCCCGGGGCAUCAUGGUCCACAACAUGGACACGGUGCAGGAGCUGGGCUCCAGACCUGAAAAACUGGCGUCGCCGCGGCGGCAGCCCCUCCCCUCGGACAUUGCCGUCAUCAUGUACACCAGUGGCUCCACGGGCAUCCCCAAGGGGGUCAUCAUCUCCCAUAGCAACAUCAUCGCUGGCAUCACAGGCAUGGCAGAGAGGAUACCCAACCUGGAUGAGACAGACACUUAUAUAGGCUACCUGCCCCUGGCCCACAUCCUGGAGCUGAGCGCUGAGCUGGUGUGUAUCUCACAUGGGGGACGCAUUGGAUACUCCUCCCCCCAAACGCUGGCGGACCAGUCCACCAAGAUCAAGAAGGGCAGUAAAGGAGACACCAGUGUCCUGAGACCCACCCUCAUGGCUGCCGUACCAGAGAUCAUGGACCGCAUCUACAAGAACGUCAUGACCAAGGUGGACGAGAUGAGCAGCUUCCAGAGGUCUCUGUUUGUGCUGGCUUACAACUACAAGAUGGAGCAAAUCUCCAAAGGCUACAGCACCCCGCUUUGUGACAGCCUGGUGUUCAAGCGCGUGCGUUCCCUCCUGGGGGGGAACACGCGGGUGCUGCUGUCGGGCGGGGCGCCCCUGUCGGCCGCCACGCAGCGCUUCAUGAACAUCUGCCUGUGCUGCCCGGUGGGCCAGGGCUACGGGCUGACUGAGACCUGCGGAGCCGGCACCAUCAGCGAGAUGUGGGACUACAGCACGGGCCGGGUGGGAGCCCCCCUGGUGUGCUCUGAGAUCACCCUGAAGGACUGGGAGGAGGGAGGUUACCACAGCACAGACAAGCCUAACCCCAGGGGAGAGAUCCUGAUUGGCGGGCCCAACGUUGCCAUGGGCUACUACAAGAACGAGGCUAAGAACCGCGAGGACUUCUUUGUGGAUGAGAGCGGCCAGCGCUGGUUCUGCACCGGGGACAUUGGAGAGUUCCACCCAGACGGCUGCCUCAAGAUCAUCGACCGUAAGAAGGACCUGGUGAAGCUGCAGGCAGGAGAGUAUGUGUCCCUGGGCAAGGUGGAGGCUGUGCUGAAGAACUGCUCUCUCAUAGACAACAUCUGUGCCUAUGCCAACAGCGACCAGUCGUACGUGAUUGGCUUCGUGGUGCCCAACCAGAAGCAGCUAACAGCGCUGGCGGAACAGAGGCACGUGCGGGGCAGCUGGGAGGAGCUGUGCAACCGGCCCGACAUGGAGCUAGAGGUCCUGCGCAUCAUCACCGAGGCUGCCCUCUCUGCUAAACUGGAGCGUUUUGAGAUCCCUAAGAAGAUCCGUCUGAGCGCCGAGCCGUGGACUCCAGAGACAGGCCUGGUGACAGACGCCUUCAAGCUCAAACGCAAGGAGCUCAAAUCCCACUAUCAGGACGACAUCGAGAGACUGUAUGGAGGAAAGUAACACACACGUACACACCCACAUGUGCAGACACACACACACAUACACACACAAACAAACACACGCGUACCUUCAAGGAUCUGGGAAGCCACUACCUUGUGUCACAGGGUGAGAGGAUUACUGGUAAUACACUGACACACACACACACACACACUGAAACACACACUGACACACACACGCGGGCCAACAUAGACGAGACGACCCAAGCACUUCCUCGCCAUCCCUCCGACCAGCCUCCAUCAAAACAGGAAGUGACCGGGGGCCUCAAGACCAAACAGGAAGAGGGAGAGAGAGCCCAAUGGUUUUCUCAAAGCGUGGGGUGUGUUGCUAUGGCGACUGAGGCGAGAGGUGCGCGAGACUCUGCCCGCACGCAGGAAGCGACACCGUUCUGCACAACAGACUGUUCUCAGCCUUGAUGUCCAUGUAUUCAUUCCUCCCCCGGCCCCUCCCUCUCCUCCCCUCCCUCCCUCCCUCCUCCCCUCCUCCCCCCAGCAUGGUCUGCAGCCUGUGCUUGUGGUCCCGGCACUUGACGGGGGCGGGCAGGGGGUGACACUGGUCUGACGCUCUGGAAAAGGAGCCUCUGCUUGGUUUGAGUCCAUGUGCAGGUUUGAAUCUUUGCAGGGACCUCUGAUUGCCGAGUUGAAGGGACUAGUCUUUUGUAUGUGUUUUACGUGACACUGUUUUUCUCUGUGCGCACGUUUAUUUUCUUUUUUCUAUGUUUUUUUUUAUUCGAUUUUGUCUCCAAUCAGCAUCCAAGCCAUUAGAGAUUGAGCGUGAUCGCCUUCGUUGCUUUCUCUUUCUUCUGUGUUCUGCGACGGUUGGUUUAACGGUCACUUGGGCUUUUUGUUUUUCUCUCAGUUGACACCAUUGGUUUUUUGGGUUUUUUGUUUGUUUGUUUUUUGGGGGAGGGGGGAGUUAGUACUGUAAAACUCCAAAGGUGGUUUGUAUGUCAAGAGUACUGUGUUUACUGACCCGACCAGGGCAUGUCGUCCAGUCUGGCCCCUGAGAGAGCUCCAUGAAGCACCAGCGCUAGCUUAGACAGAAAACGAUGGAAGUCCUUGACAUAAUAAACAUUCGUGACUGGAAAAUGGGACUAUUUGAGCCUAGGAGGAGUCAAUUGUUGCCGUCGUUACCAGAGUCCAACCCAAUGACCCAUCUGGCAGGGUCAGGAACGGUUUGGAUGUGUGAUAUCUGACCAAUAUGUACAUGUGACUUCAUGGAGUUCCUGUGGCAUUGUCAAGGUCUGAUGUGCCUAGAUUGGCUGGCUGGCUGGUUUUCUGACUGGUUGGUUUUGCUGAUUGGUCUUUCUAACAAGCUGGCUGGCAGGGUGAGAGAGGCUUCGAGAGCUGAACAUAGGAAGGAAAUAAACAAAUCUGACCAUGUGCCCUAUUUGUGAGUCUGAAUCUCCAGAUCAGCCAGCAGGGGGCAGCAUCAGGCCUCAGUUGAAGCCCAGCAGUCUGCCUGCUGAUGUCCCUCCUGGCUCAGCCUCACGUCUGCUCAGCCUCUGGACGCCUGCCCGCCCUCUGCCUGUUCAUUCUCUGUGUUCCUGCAUUGAAACCACUGAGCUGGAUUGUGUGGCAGGUCCCUUAGGGGCCCCAGAACCAGCCUGGGAUGAACAGGCCCUCUGCCACGUGCCGUGUAGUCCUUAAAAGAAACCAACAUGAUUCAUAUUCUUGGGCGUCUCCAAGGGCAGAAAAGAGCAGAUAUUGUAGUCGUACGUCUGUUUUUGAUAGUCAUUUGGAAGAUGUUCUCUCCCCCCCCCGUUCCUUUUUGAGUACAACCAUGCAUCUGAUCUUUUUUUUAUGUCAUAGCUGUAGUCAAUGUUACUAUAUUAUCUAUGAAUAUGAAAUACAGAUUGAAUGUGAACUAUAUAUUAUACAUCAUGUCCUUGGUAAGGUGUGUGCAAGAGGGGAAAGGUCUGUGGAAGUGCUGUUAGUGCGGGCCCCUCAGUCCUGCUGUGACAGGAGGGAGCGCAGGAGCCAGGAGCCAGGGAGCUGAGAGAGGCAGACACACAGCUGGACAGGCACACGUUGGGUUCAGACUUACCAGUGGAGCCCGUUUAGGAGAGGGGCCGUCAUGUGCUCAUGUUCCAGACAGC